UCCGCAAAUCUUUAGCACUUGUAAUUAGGGUUUUAGGUCUCCGCAUCGCAGCCACCUCUAUCAGGAUCCGAGGGACUGAAAAAAGGCUCCAGCAUCCGAAAAUGGUGAAGGGACGCCAAGGAGAGCGAGUCAGGCUCUAUGUAAGAGGAACCAUCUUGGGUUACAAGAGGUCGAAGUCAAACCAGUACCCGAACACUUCACUGAUUCAGAUCGAGGGAGUUAACACCAAGGAGGAAGUCGCUUGGUAUGCUGGCAAGCGAAUGGCCUAUAUCUACAAGGCUAAGGUGAAGAAGAAUGGCUCACACUAUCGCUGCAUUUGGGGCAAGGUAGCUAGGCCUCAUGGUAACAGCGGUGUUGUUCGUGCUAAGUUCAAGUCUAACCUUCCCCCCAAAUCUAUGGGAGAUAGAGUUAGAGUUUUCAUGUACCCCAGCAACAUUUGAGAGUUGAAACAAUUUGUCCAAGCUCCCAAAUGUGAUAUUUUUCUUCUUUCCCUGCUGUUGUCUCUAGAUGCUUGACGCCAUUCGGUUGACGAUCCAAGUGACUCUCGCCCUUCCCAAACUUUUUCAAUGCCGUGUGUUGUUCUGGCUCUUUACAACGGUAGAUGGAACUCUGCUUUUGUCUGAAUAUUUCUUCUAUCUCGGAUUUUUAGACAUUUGUUGAUCGACUUUGAUGUAUUGGUUAAUCAAUUAUUCAUGAACUGAAUAGCAAGUUUUGAACUUCAUGGGGAUUGCAUAUUAUUAAUUUGUUUU